CAUGGCUUGAUCCAUUCAGACGGCACCCGAUAAUCAGAGAGAGCAAGGCAUCGACCAAUCACAAGGGAUCUCUGGGAUUUAAUUCGUUUUUAUUGGUUAUGUAGAUUGUCCACAAAGGUCGGAGAAGGUCAAGUUUGUCGUGUUUAGAUUUAGUGCGUUCUGAGUGGAUUGAUUUAAAACUCCCCAGUAGUAUUCACACCGAAUAAAGGCCAGCGUUUUACGUACUUUAUCAAUUAACCCAAGGUAUUGUAAAACGAUGUACACCUAAUAUUACAGGGCUCUUUAGUUUCGGAACUGGAUGUUUUUAUAUACAACCGCUGUUGACAAGGAUUUGGAUAUUCGACAUCGACCAACGAACUUUUAACAAUGUGCUAUGAAACUCAUAUUUCACCAUUAAGACAUUCUUGGUAUAUCUUAUUUCUUAAAGGAGAUAUGUAAGAACUUAAAUUUGCAAAUCACUUGAACUUGGUAAACCUUCCAUAGACAUACAGUGCAAUGUGAAAAAGAAAGAGUUUAGUCUACGCUGUAAACAGUGAUAACAUGCCUUCGAUAAGGACGACGGUUUUAUUUUCAUCGUCAAUCACGCUUUUGAAAAUUAUACAUGUCAUCGGAUUAGUUCCAUACAUUACGGACAAUAGUUCCGAAAGACUGAAUUUAGAUGAUGGGAAAUGGGUGGGAGCCGUGACGUCCCGAGAGACCGUGUGGGUCGAGGCUGCUUACGCACAUUUGAAAAACUUAAAUUGCAGUGAUAUAUUUUUCACUUCUUUCAAAGAAUGUCAACGUUUGAUGAGCGUUCCGAGCAGUUCCGUGAUUGUGCAUGUGGCUCCCUUCUCUCCUAGCGGGGAGUACCAUGUGAUAUUACCGGACGAAAAGUUGACACGUAGAAAUACACACGAGGGGGUACUGGUGUUUGAUCCAUAUCCCCUCGCUAACUUUGGUCAUUUAGUGAUUGUGUUCGUGGUUGACAUUCGAAGUAAAUUCAAGUGCGAACAUAAAAGAGGAAUCUAUAUCGAUGCAACGGGCGAUUGUUUGACAUUUGCUUUGAAAAAGAGAUGCAAAAAUGCCAUUAGGAGGAACAGUAAACGGAAACACUGGGCGCGGCGCUGUGAGAUCAACUUCCUUCCGGUUGUUCAUAUACUGAAGACAUCUAAAGGAAAGAUCAAAAAUGAAAAAUAUAACUAUCUAAAAUGCUGGAAAGGAAUAAAGGGUUUCAGAAAAUGCCCUGAACUCAGACCAGUGAAUGAAACGAAAAAAUUGAUAUGUAACCCAAUCCGUGAUAACACAAAAAGGUGUUCUACAACUCACGAAACAGUACAUACAAGUUGCAGAGUGUUUGAAAUAUGUGACCAAGCGCUGCUGCUGUCUGGGGGCUGGAACCGAGAAACAAGCAAUGUCGGAUUUAAACGGAAUCUAGCGAACUUCUACGUCAUGCUGCGGAGCAAUGGCUUCAGAAAGCGAAAUAUUAAGAUUUUCUACGCCAACGGAGCAACAAAUUUAAACAUUCCCGGUGAUCAUGCGCAUCAGGUACAUCCAGCCGCCAUGAAGUAUGCUUUUCGAUACCACCUACAAAAGCUCUGUCGAGUCCCACACUGCGUGAAUUCCUUGGUUAUAUAUCUCAACAGUCCAGCAAAAAAUGACGGCACAAGCCUUCUUUGGGACGUCAAUUACGACGGACUUGCGGACAAGUCCGAGGAAUACACAAUGAGAGAGCUGAAGGAGGAUCUGGCGUUGUGUGCUGCUGAGUACGUCCAUCUGAUAGUCGAUCAAAGUUUUUCAGGCAACAUUGCAGACGCAUUUAAGAACUCCAAACGUCAUCGCAACGUCAUUGUUUUCGCCAGCGGAGCCAAUAAUGAAUACGCUUAUGAUGGCGAAUAUUCGCUUCUCUGGACUAGAUCUAACCACACGCUCAUGUGCACCUGGGACAUUCAUGAGCAUAGCAAGAAUGCAAUAAAACAUUCCAUACCGGAAGUGAAGGAAGGCGAGAGGGGCGGGGUGCGGACGACGAUAUUUGGAUCCCCGUGUAAUGUGUACCCUCCUUUCACAGCUAAGGAGCUUAAACAAGAUUAUCUCGGAUGUCAGGCUCUGCCGACCGCUCUGUGGAUCAAGAAACUGAUUUCGUCAUCGGAGGACACGGGAAGUGGGCGGAAUUAUGUGAAUGAUCCUUGGGCAUGACUUCAUUUUUACAAGAAUUAAACUUUGAAUGUACAAAAAGCGUUUAGGAAAUUGGACCUUAACGCUUGCAUACUCAAGUAAAUUGCUAUGCUGAUGAAAUGGGGGGAGGGGGCAUCAAAUCAAUAGAUUUUACUAAAUUUUAAGCACAGCGUUUUAGUAGAAAAUGAGUUUCUGUAAAGUGGGGGACUGAGAUUUCUUUGUACAUAGUUUACGUUUUGCAGAUAUUGUAUAAAACAUUAAUGUUAU